GAAUAUUCAUGGGCUGAACAGCAGUGGGAAUAUCAUGGACACUGCAAUGCUGAGCUCGGUGAAAGAAGCCCAGCUCGCGCCAGCUCCGAAAAACUUGAAACCGGUCAAGCUGAGGUUCUUGAGGCGGACCGUGGUAGAGUCCGAUCAAGAGGAGCCGUCUGUUUUAGAACUGAGUGAAUCUCUGCACCAGAGCAAGGUCAUCCCGAUCUCUAGAGCCAGAAGGGCCAUUGCUAAGAGGACUCAGGGGACCAGUGACCAGGGACCCACCCCAGAGAAUAAUGAACCCAAGACCGAGACUUCCCAAGAGAAGAUAACACAAGCACCACCAGAGCAAGCUGGCCAAGAACGUAAAGAUGAACUGGACACUACUAAAGAGACACCAAAGUCCAAAAAGGAGGAAGAGGAGGAAAACGAAGAAGAGGCAGAUAUCAAGGCUGUUUCUACCUCCCCUGAUGGAAGGUUUUUAAAGUUCGACAUUGAAAUAGGAAGAGGCUCCUUUAAAACGGUUUAUAAGGGUCUGGAUACGGAAACGUGGGUGGAGGUGGCAUGGUGCGAACUUCAGGAUCGUAAAUUAACAAAAGUUGAGAGGCAGCGAUUUAAAGAGGAGGCGGAAAUGCUGAAAGGUUUGCAACAUCCAAACAUUGUGAGGUUUUACGACUUCUGGGAAUCCUGCCUGAAGGGGAAGAAAUGCAUUGUCUUGGUGACUGAGCUCAUGACAUCGGGGACACUGAAAACAUACUUGAAAAGAUUUAAGGUCAUGAAGCCAAAGGUUCUGCGCAGCUGGUGUCGGCAAAUUCUUAAAGGCUUGCACUUUCUUCAUACGCGAACUCCUCCAAUAAUCCAUCGGGAUUUAAAAUGUGAUAACAUUUUUAUAACUGGGCCAACUGGCUCUGUGAAGAUCGGAGAUCUGGGCCUGGCUACCUUGAAACGAGCCUCUUUUGCUAAAAGUGUUAUAGGAACCCCCGAGUUUAUGGCACCUGAAAUGUAUGAAGAACAUUAUGAUGAAUCUGUGGAUGUGUAUGCUUUUGGAAUGUGCAUGUUGGAAAUGGCUACCUCAGAAUACCCGUACUCUGAAUGCCAGAAUGCUGCUCAAAUAUACCGCAAAGUCACCAGUGGGGUGAAACCGGCCAGCUUUGAGAAAGUGGCAGACCCUGAAAUCAAAGAGAUAAUUGGGGAAUGCAUCUGUAAGAACAAGGAGGAAAGGUAUGAAAUUAAAGACUUGCUAAGCCAUGCUUUCUUUGCUGAAGAUACGGGGGUGAGGGUGGAACUGGCUGAGGAAGACCAUGGCAGAAAAUCCACGAUUGCCUUAAGACUGUGGGUAGAAGACCCCAAGAAGCUGAAAGGAAAACCCAAAGAUAAUGGAGCCAUUGAGUUUACCUUUGACCUGGAAAAGGAAACUCCAGAAGAUGUUGCCCAGGAAAUGAUUGAGUCUGGAUUUUUCCAUGAAAAUGAUGUGAAGGUAGUUGCAAAAUCAAUACGCGAUCGAGUGGCAUUAAUCCAAUGGAGACGAGAGAGAAUUCGGCCAGAGAAUGGCGAGACCGAGGUGCUGGAACAGAUGAAUGUACCCCAGACCACCCUGCCACCACUUGCCCACUCUUCCCACAUAGGUCAACAUGAAGGAGAAGAAAUGGAGGCAGACCAGCACUCAUUCUUGCCCAAACUACCUGCCAGCAUCACUUCUGUAGCAUCUGACAGCACAUUUGACAGUGGUCAAGGGUCCACGGUGUACUCAGAUUCACAGAGCAGUCAACAAAGUGUAAUUUACUCUUCCUUGCCAGACACUCUACCCCCAGCCAUCCAACGAGUAUACAGUCCACCUGUAAUCGAAGGCCAGGUUCUGCCACAGUCUCCUCAGCAUCAACUGGGCCAAUACCAGCAGCCUGCAGCACAUGGAGUUACUGCCACACCUUCUAUGCACUCUGGACUCGCUCAACAUAAUUACCAAGACCUGAGCACGGCGUACCAAGUUGUGCAGCCAACCACAGCCUCGUCUGUCCAGUUUGGGGCUGUUCCACCUGUAUUAUCCAGCCAGCAACCAGUUCAACACCAAGCUCUUCUACAGCAAAUCCCAUCUGGGCAGUCUGUCUGUCCUGUGCCACCUACCUCCCAUACAUACCCUCAGUACCAGCCCCCGCUUACGCCGGCUCCACCAAACCCACUACAGAGAAAUACAGUACCAUUGCAACAGCACCAGGUACCUACAUCACAGCUUCCUCCGUAUCCUCUCAUACCAGCAGUUACUCCUCUUACAGGACUCGAGAGCCUCCCUGCCAAUCUCUCUGACUUACCUGCUGUCCGUAUCACCCCCCUGCCUGCUCCCUGUCAGUAUUUCCCACCAGGUGUGGUUAUGCCCAACUUUUCCGUCACUCCUGCAGGGCCCCCGUCAGGGCAGUCAGUCACCCCGCAGUUGGUGCUACCAUAUGAGACUAAUCUUUUGCCAAAUAUCCAGGUUGCUCCCAUACCUUUACUAGCAGUGGCAACAUCUGGCAUGCCAGGAUUAAUGACCCCACAGCCGCCAACACAACAUCCUCAAUCACAGGCGUACCAGGCCUCUUUUCAGCAGAUCAUUCAGAGUGAUAUCCCUUCUGUUCAUCUCUCCCCAAGUGUUCUGCCUGUGUCACAACAAUCCCAUCCUCCUCUUCCUCCUCAGUCACAUCAUCCAAGCAUAACCCAUCCUCCUGAUCAGACUACAUCUGGGGCUGGGAACAAGGUCAUUGGUCUUUCCCAGUAUAAAGUGGACUUAACUACCCCCGUAGGAAUUUUGCCGGUUGCAUCGAUGUCUCCACCUGUCCACUUUCCCUCAGAAAUUUCCCAGCCAUUGCAAGGACAGGAUCACCUCGCCCAACCUUCUGUACCACAUAUGCCACAUACCGAGGCAGUCUUGGCUGAGAAUCAGAGUAUAUCCUAUCCAAGUCUUGGCAUUUCCCAACCUGAGUCUCAUAACCUCACUCACAUCCAAGCUACCCGGUCAUUUACAGAAUCUGCUUAUGAGGAGCAACACAAUCAAGAAAAUCUGCCAAGCUCGACUCAAAGCUUUGAUAAUUACAUAGGUUCUGAUGCCGCCUCUGGUAAAGAAAUGAGUGAUGGAUAUGAGGGCAUACAUGGCAGUAAACAGGAUGGAAAACCAGCUAAGAAACAUCAUCGGAGGUCAUCGCGCACUCGCUCUCGCCAGGAAAAGACCAAUAAGCCUAAACUAACCAUUCUUAAUGUGUGCAACACUGGAGACAAGAUGGUAGAAUGCCAGCUAGAAACGCAUAACCACAAAAUGGUUACCUUUAAAUUUGACUUGGAUGGCGAUGCACCAGAGGAGAUUGCUACAUACAUGGUGGAAAAUGAAUUCAUACUGCAGAUGGAGAAAGAGAUUUUCAUUGAGCAGAUGAAGGAUGUCAUCGACAAGGCAGAGGACAUGCUGAGCGAAGACACGGAAGGGGAGAGAAGCUCCGAUCAAGGGGCAAGUCCUCAACAGGCUGACUCCAAGGCAGAAAUGAGGGAGGAAAAUCAACAUGCCCAAGUAAAGACACCAGUAUACCAGCAAAACGUCUUGCAUACUGGGAAGCGGUGGUUUAUCAUCUGCCCAGUGAUGGAGAGCCCAAACUCCACAGAUGUCUCUUCAGUGACCACAAAGUCGGAGCAUCAAAGUGACAGCACAGUUGCUAAUGCCAAAGAUGAAAUGGUCUGUGAAGAUGGCCAACAUAAAUUCCCUACUGAACAGUACAAGUCCAUCUCAACCACAGGCCAGUCAAUCUCCGCAGAUGUUGGUGAACAUGCUACACAAAUUCCUACUUCCUUGACACUGUCCUCUAUAACACAGUCGUCAUCCACUAUAUCAUCCGAUCUGCAAACUCAGACUGAAAUGUCGAUUUCAACUCUUCCUGAAUCUGUUUCCUUCCUGCAAGGAGAUCCUGCUACUCUUGGUGCAUCUGCGGUUUUUCAGCCAGUUGUUGAAGUGGAAGUAGCAGAACCUCAUGUACUGUCACUUAAUGAGAAGGCAACAGCACGCACUUUGGCACAAUCUGAGCACAAUACAUGCGUGUCACCUCCAGAUCAAAGAUACAAUGACAAGGGUUCAAACGAACUUGUCCACCCUGCACAGGUAACCCAUGAUAGUGGUCAACCACACAACCUUCCUCAGGAAAAACCUGUGAAACUUCAGCCUGUGUUUUACGAAUCAGACUGCAGUUCACCAGCUGUGCAAAUAAAGCCAGAUACUUGUAUGGCUGUCCAGUGUAAUCAAACAAACGAUGGCAUUCAGGUUGUUCAUGAAAUAUCAUCAGCAUCUCAACCUGUUUCUCAGACUCAGCCUUUAGCUUUACCUGUGGUAAAUUCAACUUUGCAACAAGCAAGCAUGGAGUCAGAUGGAGAAGGUCCACCCAGAGUGGAAUAUACAUAUGAUACAAUUAAGACUUUAGAUGAAAAGCUCAGAAAUCUACUGUAUCAGGAAUAUACUCCAGCUAAUAUGCCUGCUGGGACACCAGAAAAUUCUGGAACCCUAGAAAGUACAGCAGAAGUUAUAAGCUCGCAGCCAAUGAAUGCAGACAUGACUCCAAUGACUGGUUGUAACACAUCCAUCUUGUAUCCAAUUGAGAGUGCUCUAUCAGCAGAAUCACUCAGUGGUGGCUCAGAUGACUGUGAAGCACCAAGGCAAAGGGUCCAUGCUGCCGCCCAAUCACAAAGACGCCAUUCUGGAGACCAGAAGUGGAAAGAGCAAAGUUCUUUAGAACGAUCUCCUCCUAAAAAGAGGCAUCAUCAUGCUGAAAAGUCGAAAACCAUUGGGAGGUUUUCUGUUAUGAGUACAGAAGAUGAGGUCACUGUCACAUCUCCGAGUUAUUUGAGGUUUUCUGCCCCACCAGAUGUCUAUCUAGACCAGCUUCCUACCAACUUUGUCAAGCCUUCUGUGCCUCGAGCGCAUACUUCUUCCCCUAUAAAUUCUCUUUUUUGUGGACAUGUGUCAAGUGAUUCAGAUGAGGAUGAGAUUCUUCAGCCAAAGGCCAAAGAUUCUGCUCCAUCUACCCCAAGCAAAGGGGCUAAUGAAUUCAUGAAGAAAGCUACAGCUUUCUUGCAUCGAAAGGCUAGUGUGCAGGGCCCAGAUUCCCCAAGCGGUCAAGGCAUGAAAAUCCCUACAAUAAAUGUGACAUCUUUUCAUUCACAGUCUUCCUAUGUGAGCAGUGAUAAUGACUCGGAGCUUGAGGAUUCUGAUAUGAAAAAGGAAUUACAGAACCUCAGAGAAAAGCACAUGAAAGAAAUCACAGAACUGCAAGUACAGCAGAGAAGAGAGAUAGAAGCUCUUUACGUCAGGCUGGGCAAGCCUCUCCCUCCUAAUGUGGGCUUCCUUCACGCAGCACCACCAAGUGGCCGUCGACGGAGAAUCAGCAAGAAUAAACUAAAAAGCGGAAAGUUGCUUAAUCCUUUGGUUCAGCACCUGAAAAACGGGGCAAGCAAUAUCACUGCUGAGUGUAAUGGGUUACCUGCCAAGGAUCCACUUAAAUCUCACCCAGAUAUAAAGGGCAAAACUGCUGGCUCCUCCCUCACAGCGUCCCCGGUUCGUGGUGUCCAGACGCAGCAGCCUUGCUCAGUGAAGGUCACGGUGUCAUCUGACAAUAUCUGUUCUGGUGUAGUCCGGGAUGGUGGUGAUGUGCAUGGCAGCUGUGGACAAGGCUGGACGGUUUACCACCAAACGUCUGAGAGAGUGACCUAUAAGUCUAAUAGCAAACCUCGUACCCGAUUCCUCAGUGGACCUGUGUCUUUAUCCAUCUGGUCCACUCUGAAGCGGCUAUGUCUAGGCAAAGAGCACAGCAAUAGAUCCUCAACAAGCAGCCUUGCAACAGGCCCUGAACCAUCACUAGUCCCUUCACUAAAUGCACAGCAAGUUCAGGCCCAGUCCAACAAUAGUAACAACAAAAAGGGAACAUUUACUGAUGACCUUCACAAGCUGGUGGAUGAGUGGGCAAGCAAAACCGUUGGAGCAGCACAAUUCAAACCUUCUCUUAAUCAACUGAAGCAGUAUCAGCAGCGGCUGGACCUGGAGCACAAGCCUACAGCUACACCUGGAGAUCAAAAUGCAGGAAGUCAACCUUCUUCUGACACAGCCAGGAAGUACAGCGCUUCACUGCCAUGCCUAGCUCCCACGGGACUGAUGUCCACAUCAUUCCCAGCAGCCCUUUCUGGAGCAACCCAGUCUGGUAUAUUGCCAUCUUACAUGAUGCCCCUUUGUCAGUAUGCUGGAGUUUUCCCCGCACCAGUGUACGGAGCCCAGUGGUCUGGAGCAACAACGCCUGCCAUAGCAGGAAGUCAGCUGAUUGCGCAAUCUGCAAGCAUGCAGAUUUUCCCCAUGUCCAUGCAGCAACCUACCGUGAAACAGUCUGGUUCCAACCUGAGGAUCACGUAGCUUUGAUGCCUUUCUCUGUUUUCAAGUGUUUGAGCCUGUCAGCGCCCUGUGUGUUUUUGAUUUUACAUCUCAGCAGUGCUGAAAAUGAGUUGUAUGACUGUCACAGCCCCUUGUCAGCAUUAAGAGUUGGAUUAGUGGUAUGGUUAUGCUGCAGUAGUCUUUGGCCGAGGCCACAAAUGCACACAGCCAUGCUCUGCAUCCCACAGUCACUGUGAAUGUCACAUGAUCAUCACCGCUUGUCCAACAUCUCUGUAAUUUCUUAUUUUACACAUUGUGAAAGGUAAAGUACUUGAACUGAAAAUUGUGGGAGGUGUUUAGUGCCUUGAGAAGUUCGCUUCCCAUUUGCUUGGGAAAAUCUGUGGAAGAAAAAAAAUGAAUAAGCAAGUUUAUUUUCUGAUCCGCCAUUUUUGUUUUCCAUCCAUAACAAUGUAUACAUUUUUUUCUUUUAUUUUUUUUAAAGCUUUUCUGUAAAUGGUAGGUACCCCAUUUUAAACAUAGCAACCCCCACCCUCCAUUUGAAUUAUAAAGCUGCUUUAUUUAUUUUGACAUGCAGGGAGCUUGGAUUACAUUUGGCUUUUUAUUUUAAUUUAUGACAUAAUAAAUUGGU